CUGGCAGUAGUACCACCUCCACAGAUCCAGGGCUACCUCUUCCUAUCGUUUGUACGCGGUGACGUCAUGACGCACGGACUCACACAACCGCAUUGUUGUUGGGGGAAGAGAAGCUCGGGCAGCCGCUGAGCUCUGCCGCUUAUUACCGCUUCUUAACAGUCCUAUUGAUCCGUUAUUAUCCCGAUCAAAGUGAUAACACUCUGAAACCGGCUCCGUCGCCCUGGAUACCUGCCGGUCACUCUCCGGUUUCACGAGCCGCGGCCGCCGUUGGAUGAGCGGACUGAAUGUGGAUUUAAGUGCUGCUUUGCUCCGCAGGCCGCGCCGCCAUUGCUGCUGUUUUUAUACGCUGAAUUCGUGAAAAUACCGAGGGUUUUUUUACGGCUUCAAAAUGAAGAAGAAAAGUCGACAUCACCGACCAGCGGUGCUGAAGAGGGAUUCCUCUCCCAUCAAGCCGUCGCCCAACCGGGAGACGCUGACGUAUGCGCAGGCUCAGCGGAUAGUGGAGCUGGAGGUGGACGGCCGCGUGCACCGGCUCAGCAUCUACGACAAGCUGGACGUCAUCUCCGACGACGACCCCACAGCGCAGGAGAUCAUGGAGUGCAACAGCAACAAGGAGAACAACGAGAAGCCCCAGCAGGUCCUGGUGCGCUCCGUGCGCCUCAAAAACAACCAGCAGAAGAAGAACGCUUCACUCGUGGCCUCGCAGGGAACCGGCACGCACGGCAGCAACAGCGGCCUGUUGGAGGCAAAGGUCAGAACGGUUGAAUACAACUUGCCCGUGGUGCCGAAGAGGCCGGCGGCGUAUUACAAAUACACGGAGAGGACAGCGGAGGAGCUGGACGACGAGGUGGAGUACGACAUGGACGAGGAAGACUACGCCUGGCUGGAGCUUUUCAACGAGAAGAGGAAGAGCGACGGCAUCAGCCAGGUGUCGCACAACCUGUUCGAGUUCCUCAUGGACCGCUUCGAGAAGGAGUCGUACUCGGCCACCCAGGGCCAGAGCGACCUGCAGUCGCUGGUGGACGAGGACGCCGUCUGCUGCAUCUGCAUGGACGGAGACGGCGCCGACAGCAACGUCAUCCUCUUCUGCGACUCUUGCAACAUCGCGGUGCACCAGGAGUGUUACGGCGUGCCGUACAUCCCCGAAGGCCAGUGGCUGUGCCGACACUGCCUGCAGUGUCCGUCGCGGCCCGCAGAGUGCAUCUUCUGCCCCAACCGGGGCGGCGCCCUGAAGAAGACCGACGACGACCGCUGGGGCCACGUAGCGUGCGCUCUGUGGGUGCCCGAGGUCGGCUUCUCCGACACGGUUUUCAUCGAGCCCAUCGACGGCGUCCGCAACAUCCCCCCGGCGCGCUGGAAGCUCACCUGCUACCUGUGUAAAGAGAAAGGCGCGGGAGCGUGCAUCCAGUGCGACAAGAUCAACUGUUACACCGCCUUCCACGUCAGCUGCGCCCAGAAGGCCGGCCUCUACAUGAAGAUGGAGCCCGUCAAAGAGGUGACGUCGUCCGGCGCCGCCACCUUCUCCGUGAAAAAGACGGCCUACUGCUGCAGCCACACGCCCGAAGGCUGCGACUGCCGGCAGCUCAACAUCUACGAGGAGCCGCACCCGAAAAACGGAGCUUGCAUCAAGAGGAACGACAAGAGAGGGAAGUCCCGAGCCAAGGGCUGGCAUAAGAAGAAGAGUAAGAGAGCGGAGCCCGAACCAGAACCGGAACCCGAGACCCCCAAUAACACCGGGCCCAGUAUCACCGCUUCAAGCUUCGACACCAUCCUGAACCAGGUUGCGGUUCAAAGGAAGCGCGUCUUCGUGGAGCGGGUGUUGAGCUACUGGGUGCAGAAGAGGCUUUCGAGGAACAACGUGCCGCUGAUCCGCCGGCUGCAGGCCAACCCGCAGCCCACCAAAGUCGAGCAAGAGCAGGAGCGCAUUGAGACGAACCAGACGCUGAAGGAGCAGCUGAAAGAGUGGCACCGCCUCCGCCACGACCUGGAGCGAGCCCGCCUGCUGCUGGAGCUCAUCAGGAAGAGAGAGAAGCUGAAGAGGGAGGAGAUGAAGCUGCAGCAGUCGGCGCUGGAGGUCCAGCUCACCCCCUUCAGCAUCCUGCUGAGAGCCGUGCUCAGUCAGCUGCAGGAGAAGGACCAGUACAGCAUCUUCGCUCAGCCCGUCAACGUCAAGGAGGUUCCUGACUACCUGGACCACAUCAAGAACCCCAUGGACUUCUCCACCAUGAGGAAACGCAUCGACGCCUACGACUACAGGAGCCUGGAGGAGUUCGAGGCCGACUUCGACCUCAUCAUCUUCAACUGCAUGAAGUACAACGCCAAGGACACCUUUUUCUACAAGGCGGGUCAGCGGAUGCAGGACCACGGAGGAGCCAUCCUCCGCAGGGCCCGCAGAGAGGCCGAGAGAAUCGGCUUCGACUUCCCCAGCGGGCUGCAUUUACCCGAAGCUCCAGUACUGGAGCCACCGCCCCCCUUCACCUGGGACGAGGUGGAUCGGCUGCUGACCCCCACCUACCGUCAGCUGACCCCUCUGGAGGUCCAGCUGAAGGAGCUGCUGGAGAAGCUGGACCUGAGCACGGCCAUGAAGCACAGUCCUUCCCGCAGCAAGAGGCUCAAACUGCUCAAAAAGACCAUCAUGGAGGUCCGCAGCGAGAUGAGCCUGAAGAAUUCCCUCCGAAAGCUUCCACCCGCCCCCCCGGAGCCCACCCCUCCCCCCACAGAGCCCGAGGAGAAACCACUACCUGAAACCCCGGCAGAGCCGUGCGCACCGGCGGAGGAGAAGCCUUUACCUCUGCCAACGUUAGAGCUGUUAACGUCUCUGUCGCAGCUCCAAUCUCCACCCCGCGACUCAGAGCCGCCUCCUCUGAAAGCCGUCAAACCCAGCGUGGACCGUACUCCUAUGGAGCUCGACGGCGACACCAACACGUCUACCUCAGUGCCCGCGGACACACCCAACGGCCACGCGCCAGAAGCGCCGCUCCCCAACGGCGACAUCCACACCGAAGCCUCAGGCGCCUGCAACCGACGAAACAACGUCCUCUUCCGCAAGUCCAAGAGCAUCAGUCCUCAGAAAACACCCAAGACCCCAGAGUCAGCUGCGUUAUCGCCACCCCUGGGCACCAAAACCUUCCUGUCGGUGGUGAUCCCUCGCCUGGAGACGCUCCUCCUGCCCAAGAAAAGAAGACGCAGCAGCAGUGCCGACGGGGAGGAGGAAGAGGACGAGGAGUCGCCGAUAAAACGCCUCGGAACAGGUAUAGCAAAUGGUUUUGUGGUGGAGGAUGAAGAAAUCUCGUUGUCUCCCCGCCUGCUGGAGCCUCGGCGCCGCUGUGCCUCCGAGUCGAGCAUCUCAUCUAGCGGAAGCGUCCUCUGCAGCACAAGCACCGUCAUCGUGUCUAAAAGCGGUAAAGGGCGGUCGCCGGCGGCCCGGCGGAGCACCGUGGACGACAGAAGCACUCUGAUGACCUGCAUCGAGAACGGAGAGUUCACCAAAGCUGCCAAAAUCUCUCCAGGUAAACACAGCAACGUGUGGAAACCCUCCGCUGCUUCUCCAUUUGUUCUGGAGCCUCUUAAACUAGUUUGGGCUAAAUGUAGUGGAUAUCCCUCCUACCCCGCCCUGAUCAUGGACCCAAGAGCUCGGAGGACGGCGUGUCAGCAACACGGGGCGGAGCUUCCCCAGCCGCCGCAGGACGUUCUCAGAGCCGGAGAACGGAUGCAGUUCAAGUCCGCAGAGAAACUCUUCCUCGUCCACUUCUUCGACAGCAAGCGCAGCUGGCAAUGGCUUCCUAGAUCCAAGAUGGCUCCCUUCGGGGUCAACCAGACACUCGACAAAAUCAAGCUGACGGAGGCUCGCUCCUCCGGCGUCCGAAAAGCUGUGCAGCUCGCCUUCGACCGGGCCACCAACCACCUGAACCGCGUCGGCGGCGAGCUGGAGCCGAGAGCUGGUCUCGCUGCCACGGACUGAACCUCCUCCUCCUCCUCCUCCUCCUCCUCCUCCUCCUCACAUCAUCCCAUCAUCCCUUUUAUCCUCUUUCAGCUUUUGGUUUUGAGCACCGUCACAGCAGAGAAGCUCAGUUUCUGCCUAAUACGCACAACAAAACACACACGCAUACACACACACGUCAUGUUUACCAUUUCCUGCAAACUGGAACCGGAUCGUUUUCACAUCCCCCCGAACAUGUCCCCCCCCCCCUCCGUGUCCGAAAUACUGUAGCUUGUGACGUCCAUCUUGUUUUGUCAAAGAGCUAUGCAACGAAAAACAAACUCGGUUAGCGGGUGCUAAAAGUCGAAAGAGAAAAAGAGUCAAACCUUGGCUGCGAGGACCGAAAAAUCACGGGUCUAAACCUGUUGAAUGUGUCAGAGUUUGACCUCUGACCUCCUUAAAUGUGCUGCAAGACUGCUGCAACAAUCUCACUGCCAUGAAAUGUCCAUCAGUGUGUGUGUGACUGCAGCAGCUCCUGUAAAUAUCCUGUACAAGGCCUGACACUAAUUUAUUCACUCCCUCAGUUUGUUUUUGGUACAUUUGGUGUUCAGAUAUUUAUACGGUCAGAGGUGUUGAUCCACUGACGGUGUUUCUGCUGGUGCUAUCUCUACACAGAGAAAAAACUAACAUGCAUACUGUAAUGAACAUUUUUAUUUCAGCUCCUUUUUUUUUUUUUUUUUUUUUUACUGUUUUGUAAGUUAUUAUUAAGUUCUCAAGCUUCAAGUUCUCUCGUUUUGGCAUUAAUUGAUUUUGUGUGUUUGCAUCUUCCUUUUUUUUUUACCUGAAUGUUUUUACUGGACUACUUCUACUUUUUUUUUGUUUGUACAUAUUUAUAUAAAAUCUAUAUAGAUGCUCUCAAAGUUUAAAAUGCCGAAAGUGCAUCAUUCACACCGAAACCAAAAAAUUCUGCUGCCCACAAGUUUCCCACUAAUGUGUUUUUUUUUUUUUUUACAGUUUAGUUGUUUUUCAGGUUUUCAGCCUUUUUUGUGUGUGUGCUGUGAUGAGUUCAAGUCUUCUGUAAAACGUCACAGAAUCAUCUUUUCCAUCUGAACUGAACUACAGUCGGCUGUAGGAGAGAAGAGAAUGUGCCUGUACUAAUUUAUUGUAAAGCAGAAAAUGUAUAUGCAUUACUUUAUAGAGAGAGUAUUGUAAGAAAAUACUACGGGCACACGAGGAGCCAUGUGUAGAGGCCCCUCCUCUUCUGAUGUUGUGUGAGUUUUUUUUAUUUUCUUUUGAUAAAUAGCAUUAAAUCUGAGAGGUGAGGUGAUAGUGUUUGAUGUUUUUUUUGGCAGGGUAGCGCUGGGUAGAGCUGUUUUGUUUGGCCCCUCUGGAUGUGGAUGUUGUGUGUAAAUAGAUUUGGUACUUUAGCAGAUUCUCUGGGAAAAACCACAGUUAUAGCCAACGGGAGCGGAAACCAGCCGACAGCAGGCUGGUGGGAUUUUUAUACUAAAACACUGAAAAAUUAAAAUAUGUUAUUGAAUCACUGA